CCGAGAUCGACUGUCAAUUGUUGGCGCCAAGAUCUGCGUUGUACAGCAUGGCGACACCCGUCGAUACGGUACUGAGCAAUGAAUUCACCGCAUUACGGAUGGCUAAAGCUCUCAGUUGUCAAAAAUAUGAAAUGAGGAGUGUUGAGUCCUGCGAUCAAUCGGAAGAACUAUGUUCCACUUCCCUUCUCUAUUUCCCGCAACCUCAAGUGGAAACUUACUCCGUCAGGCUUGGGUAGUAAGGCCAUUUCUUGGUUCUGGUCACUAAUCUUAGGAUACGCUUCACGUGCGAAAAUACCGCAGCUUUCGCACGAUGCACAGCAGGGUUCCUAUACCAAGGAUAGCUGUGCCGCCUGGUCAGCAGCACACUACACGUACUCGUAAGGCAUGUCAACCUUGCCGUGAGCGGAAGCGCAAAUGUAGUGGGGAUCAGGAAAUUUGCAGGCAGUGCGAAGAGGAAGGCCUCACUUGCGUCUAUCGUGAAUCCAAGCGACAGCAGACAGACAAAGAAUUACGGUCUCUCGCAAAUCAGUUGCAGAUUAGCCACGCAUUAUUGCGAGAGGUACUGCCGGAGCUCGGUUCAGAUUCUGCUCGACGUGUUGAAGCAGUUCUGGAGACACUGACGGAACCCAUCAGCUUGUCUCCCGUAGUACAACAGUCCAAUAUAUCCGAUAAAGAAGUGAGCUCCAACAAUGAUAUGCAAAGGACGGUAUCCGACUUUACGGAGGAGGAUUUUAAUCGAGAUUUAAAAACCCAGGCCACUGGCUUUUUGGGUGGUCAUUCCGAGAUAGCAUGGUUGUACAGGCUGAGGAGAGAGCUUGAACAGAGCCAGCCUUCAGCCAUGGCUGGACAGGAACCUGUUUCCCAGGAUCAGCGGACUUAUCGGGAUUCAAUUACGACAAUGAACUAUUCAGCUGACGAGAGUGAUCUCCCAAUAGACAUGAAUGUCGACGUCUUUGCUGUGCCACCCCGGAAUAUCGCCGACGAUUUGAUCAACUGCUACCUUCAUAUCGUACACCCAUCCUUUCCGAUUAUUAGCAGAACAUUGUUCGUGAAGCAGUUCACAUCGUUCUAUUCAAAAAUGGACGUGAGACCGGGAAAAAGGUGGCUAGCUAUUUUGAACCUAACAUUGGCUAUAGCCUCUAGAUACAGAGGCCUAUCGUACGGCGACAAUGGAAAAGGAGAACAUUACGAUGAUCUGAAAUAUUUCUGCAGAGCAUGGAAACUGAACGCGGCGGACUUUGCCUUGGCUAAUCAUCCUGACCUUCAACAAGUGCAAGUUGAAGGCCUGACGUCAUUUUAUCUGCUGUCAAUUGGACAAGUUAACAGGUCGUGGAGGUUCUGCGGUCUGUCAAUGCGGUCAGCUAUCACAAUGGGGAUUCAUCUUCGAAAUGAGAGUCCCGACGUUUCACCCAUCUCCAAGGAGAAUCGCUAUUGGGUUUGGUGGGCUCUAUAUACACUAGAUAUUACCCUAUGUCUCAAGACCGGCCGUGGCCCCAGUGUGAAUACCGAGUUCAUUACUGCUCCGCUACCACUGCCGUUUGGAGACGAAGCAUUGUGGAAAGUAAGUGGCCCAGCAUUGAUUAGAGAGUAUAGAGACAACAGUCAAGUAAUCGGUCCACACCCUUUGCUGCUCCACCACCAACGGCAUAGUCAGAACUCAGAGGCAUCUCGGACUUCUAUAUCGUCUGUACCUGACGGCCUGGAGACAAACAAAGGAGUGAGCUGUGGCCCCGCGCUUGAUACUUCGCGCUAUUUUCUUUCUUUUGUUCAGCUGACCCUCCUGAUGAGGCAGUCUAUUGAAUCUCUAUACGCUCCUGCAGGUUCGAGUGAACCGUGGAAGGUCCAUGAGGAUAUCACUAUUUCACUAAAUACAAAAUUAGACAACUGGUCCUCGCGGCUUUCGCCUGAACUACAGUUUCAGGACACGAAAGUUCAGUCUGAUAUUUAUAUCAGGCAGCGAGUGAGCCUGGCAUUUCGUUUCUACAGUACAAAGCUUCUGCUUCUUCAGCCUUGUCUUCGUCGAGCAACGAAGCAACCUAACAAUGCGCUAUGCGAGAAGUUGGCCGAUUCAUGUGUGGAAUCAGCGUAUCAGAUGCUGUCACUGUUUCCUGACUGUCCUGAUACUUCCUGGCUUUACAAUAUCUCGCCUUGGUGGUGUACGCUUCAUUAUCUUAUGCAGUCCAUGAUUGUUUUCCUGAUGAAGCUGCAGCAUAGGAAGCAAAAAGGCUUAGUCACUACGGUUAAACUUGCAGAUAGUGUGGAAAAAUCUGUUCGUUGGCUAAGAGAAAUGUCAACCAGAGAUCCUCCAUCUGAAAGAGCCUGGAAGAUUUGCAAAGAAAUCAUCAUGAAACAUUUUCCUGUAUAUAACCUCGGAGCAAACUUUACAAAUUAAUGGUCUCGCUUAAGUGGUGUUGCGCCACUUAGCUCCUGCAUAGCCUGCAGUAAGCACCUCACUUCCAGGAUGGCAGGAUACAAACAGGAAAGUGACUGUUGACAGUUUGCCAGAUGCGCCAGGCACCCGCCCGCACUUUCGCUGGUUUGCAUGGAACCUUCCAGUCACCCAUGGAUCGCCCGUACAAGCCCCUUACGCAUAUCUGUAUGUCAGUAUUAUAACUUCCAC